ACCGGGCAGGUGGCGCGCAGCAAAGCUCUCACCUUGCAGCUGUGUCGUAAACGACUGCAACGGGAAGCUUAUUCCCCGCGAUACGCGAGACAGGCAUAGAAUGGCAGACCUAAGGACAGCCAGCCGAACUCAGAAUGCUCUUUUUGCAAGCACCCAUGCCAAUGUGGUUGCCCCAAGCAGCGCGCCCAGCUAUCCUUCGGGGCAUCACGCCACGACGCCUCCCAGCCAGCCUUCCACGUCCGACUCGCCGUACAUGUCAUCUUCCAGCUCUAUACUCUCCAUUCCUCCAUCAAUCUGACAAAUAAGGCCUUUUCUCGCCUUACCAACCCCUUGAAUAUAACCGACAACGUUGUGCCGUCCGAUGCAUAGCUUGCCGGCGUAAAUUCUAUGGUGUCUGUAAUGCGCAUCUAAUGAGCAGACACGCACAAAUAACUGUAUAAUUCUGAAAAACUCUCGCUUGUCUCUAAUAGUAGAAUGGAGCGCAGACCUGUCCGGUUCAUACACGGCGCGUACAAUUUCUUCCGUGCGUCGCACCGCCUAACCUCAUUUGAUGAGUUUAAGUCGUUUCUUCCGUCGUUUGACAUCUCCUAUUACUGGACGAAAGCGAUCUUGUAGCGGC